GGUGGGCACGUCUCUGGCGCAACUCUUGCGCGAGAUUGUGCAGCGGCUCUCUCGCCGCUGUAGGUUCUCGCGAUAUUUCAAUGGGUCAGCGCUUUGGCCAGAGAAGUUUCUCGCGAGAGCCCGUGCUGGGGGCGCUGUGUGGCCCCGUCUGUGUGUGUGUUUGCGUGUGUGUAUAUGUGUGUUCGUGAGUGUGUGUGACUGGGAAAGCAGCGGCCGCCAUUUCAGGGAGUUGCAGUCACUGUCGCACGGUUGGAUACCGAUUUGCCGCAAGCCGCCGCCCUGCUUCACCCGCGCGGGGGUCUUCUAAUCCCAUUAUUCUCUUUUAGAUCCGCUCCGGCCCUGCCGCCCUCUGCGCCCGAAACUCGGGCUGGGCGGGCGGGACGGACCGCGGCCUGGGCCCAGGCCGCAGCGGCUUAACAGUAGCCCCGGCGGCAGCCACAGCGGCAGCGCCUCCUCUAGACGCGAGCACCACACUUGCUCGAGAGCCCGCACAGGUGUUCUGAAAGAAUGGCAGACGAUAUUGAUAUAGAAGCAAUGCUUGAGGCUCCUUAUAAGAAGACUUGCCUAACGAUAUCUCACCUCUACUCCCAUGAAUUCACCUUUGAUUCCAGUGUGAACUGUCAAUCAUAAGGAUGAGAACAAGUUGAGCAGUGCUAACGGCCAUGAAGAGCGUAGCAAGAAGUAAAAAAAAAAGCAAGAGUAGAAGUCGAAGUCAUGACCGAAAGAGGAGCAAAAGUAAGGAACGGAAACGAAGCAGAGACAGGGAAAGGAAAAAGAGCAAAAGCCGUGAACGAAAACGUAGCCGAAGCAAAGAACGAAGACGAAGUCGUUCUAGAAGUAGAGAGCGCCGAUUCAGAGGCCGCUAUCGAAGUCCCUACUCCGGACCAAAAUUUAACAGUGCCAUCCGUGGAAAGAUUGGGUUGCCUCAUAGCAUCAAAUUAAGCAGACGCCGCUCAAGAAGCAAAAGUCCAUUCAGAAAAGACAAGAGCCCUGUGAGAGAACCUAUUGACAACCUUACUCCAGAGGAAAGAGAUGCUAGGACUGUGUUCUGCAUGCAGCUGGCAGCAAGAAUUAGACCAAGAGAUUUGGAGGAGUUUUUUUCUACUGUAGGAAAGGUCCGUGAUGUAAGAAUGAUUUCUGAUAGAAAUUCCAGAAGAUCCAAAGGAAUUGCUUAUGUAGAGUUUGUUGAUGUUAGCUCAGUGCCUCUAGCAAUAGGAUUAACUGGCCAGCGUGUCUUAGGAGUGCCUAUCAUUGUACAGGCCUCACAGGCAGAAAAGAAUAGAGCAGCAGCAAUGGCAAAUAACCUACAGAAAGGAAGUGCUGGACCUAUGAGGCUCUAUGUAGGAUCAUUACACUUUAACAUAACUGAAGAUAUGCUUCGUGGAAUCUUUGAGCCUUUUGGCAGGAUUGAAAGCAUUCAGCUGAUGAUGGAUAGUGAAACUGGUCGGUCUAAGGGAUAUGGAUUUAUUACGUUUUCAGAUUCAGAAUGUGCCAAAAAGGCAUUGGAACAACUGAAUGGAUUUGAAUUAGCAGGCAGGCCUAUGAAAGUUGGUCAUGUUACUGAGCGUACUGAUGCUUCCAGUGCCAGUUCAUUUUUGGAUAGUGAUGAACUGGAACGGACUGGAAUUGACUUGGGAACAACUGGUCGUCUCCAAUUAAUGGCAAGACUUGCAGAAGGUACAGGUUUACAGAUUCCUCCAGCAGCACAACAGGCUCUGCAAAUGAGUGGAUCUUUAGCAUUUGGAGCUGUAGCAGAUUUACAAACCAGACUUUCCCAACAGAAUGAGGUUACAGCUCUAGCUGCAGCCGCUUCUGUGCAGCCCCUUGCAACACAGUGUUUCCAGCUUUCCAAUAUGUUUAACCCUCAAACGGAAGAUGAACUUGGCUGGGAUACAGAGAUUAAAGAUGAUGUAAUUGAAGAAUGUAACAAACAUGGAGGAGUCAUCCAUAUUUAUGUUGACAAAAAUUCAGCUCAGGGCAACGUGUAUGUGAAGUGCCCUUCAAUUGCUGCAGCCAUUGCUGCAGUAAAUGCAUUGCAUGGAAGAUGGUUUGCUGGUAAAAUGAUUACAGCUGCAUAUGUACCUCUCCCAACUUAUCACAACCUCUUCCCUGAUUCCAUGACAGCAACACAACUACUGGUUCCUGUUCGACGAUGAAGGAGAAUUUAGUCCCUUAUGUACAUAGCUUUUUUUUUUAAAGAGGAUUCAAACCUGAGUUAUCUUUUAUUUAGGUAAAACAAAAGGAAAGGGUCUACUGUCAUUUGUAUGCGAUUCCUGUUACCUUGCCUGGAGGAGAGAAAGCUGUUAUAGCAGGAAUAUGCAGUGGUGUUCAUUCUCCCUAACUAGCAGUUUCCACCGUAUACAAAGCUGUUUUCUUGUUCUGCCUUGUAAAUGUACAUUUAGAACAUUGACUAAGGUGAUCUGUAGGAAUUGAGAAAUAGCUUAGACAAAUGUACUUUCUGUAAAAGGCAGACAAGGAUGUAAUGACGUUUUUAAUGUUUCAGAAGCCUAACUUUUUAUGCAGCAGUUACAUUUUACAUUUCACUAAAUGAAUUUUGACACUUGGCUAAUGGUUUAACAGAAAUAUGGUUUCUGGAAUACAUAUUUAGUGUUCUGUAUAUGGGAAAUUCAAAGACAACUAAAUGAGUCCUGACUUUAGUCAGUAAUUCACCUUGCGUUAUGAUAAACAAUUGGCAAGAAAGGGAGAUUCAAAAAUUCAAUUUCUUGAUGGUAACUUUUCAAUUAAUGUAUCUGUAAAAGUUUCUUUGUAAAUACUGUGUGUUCUGGUGUGUCUAAGGUUCCAAACAAAAUGAUCCCUGCAUUUCCUCAAAUGUACAGAUACAGUGUGGUAAGCAACACAGUCUGAGCAGGAAACAGGAAAUGCAGAAAUAGGUUUUGUCUGGUUGCAUAUAAUCUUUGCUCUUUUUAAGCUCUGUGAGCUCUGAAAUAUAUUUUUGGGUUACUUCAGUGUGUUUGACAAGACAGCUUGAUAUUUCUAUCAAACAAAUGACUUUCAUAUUGCAACAAUCUUUGUAAGAACCACUCAAAAUAAAAUUCUCUUUAAAAGGCCA